ACGGACGUGGACAUUGCCCUCGUCAGUAGCCUUGACAGUGAUGCCGACCUCUCCAUGAAUUCCAUGCACGUUCUCUCUGACGUCGUUCCGGACACCGGCCAAAUACCAGUUCUAGAGCUUACCCCAAGUUCUGCCGCUUUUUCAUCCCUCAACGGGCCUCCGACGCCUCUUACUCACAAAGGACGGCUCUGUCCCAUGGACUCACCAGCGAGGCUUACUUUUGGCCAAACCUAUGAUCUGAGCGUGAACGUUGUCGAAGCGAACAUAAACAUGCAUAACGCUUCUCCAGUAGUGGAGGAAGAGGCGUGCAUAGACGUCGACAUUGCCCUCCUCAGUAGCCUUGGGAGUGAAGGCGGCGUGUCUAUGAACUCCAUAUGCUGGAAAUCGAUGGUGUCUGUUUCCUCGCCGGAAGAGAUGCGUCUGCAUGGACCACUGCAGGUGAGGAGCACGAAGGACCCUAUAGCAUCAAGCAAAGUGCGCAAACUGCGGUGUGCCCAGAAGAAGCGGGCACAUUUGAGCUUGCAGCAUGCGACUGAACUGUACGCGCCAACGAAAUUUGAACUGUGCGUCGGUUACGUUACAUGUGUUAGACAACUCAGGCACUCCCAUAAAAGAGAAUCAAACCUGAAGAAGUCCACGAUCGGCGUCACAGCUCCGUGCCAAGGGGAUGCCAUAAGCAUCCACAUAUGGGGAGACGACAUCGGUAGAGAUACGUUUGCACGGGCCACUGCUGGUGAGGAACGUGGAGGAACUAAUGGCACCGAGGGUCUUCGAGUGUCGGCCCUGUGUUUUCUCAAUCUCUUGUGCAUAUUCCUUUUACCGCUUCUCUUUGCAGACCUGAGGAAGCGUAUCGCCGACGUCACAGCGUCCUGUCAAGGGGAUGCCAUCGGCGCCCCCGUAUGGGGAGAUGGCAUCCAGGAUGAGCAAACGGCCACCACACGCAGUGUAAGCCAUUUGGUCAGAUCUCUGGCCCUUCGCGUAUCUGAAUAUGCUCGACUGAGCAUGAAAGUCCGCUUUCCUUUGCCUGACCUGUCACUCUUUCGCUUUAGCCUCGAUCGACUCUAUCGCGAAUUGUCCGCUUUCUUCGGCGGUUCGCUUGCCUCCGGCCCUCCAGAACGGAAUGAAACAAUUGGCACUUUUCGAAUUCUAACAUUCGUCCCACUUCCACCCACACCCCCAUACUCAACUGUACAUACCUGA